UUCUUCCUCAAAUAUGUGUAUUAUUGUAGAGCAUGAAACUCUCUUGAAAAUCAUUAUAAAAAUAUUGAAUAAUCAAAACACAACUGAUUAUGAUGUUACUUUAUACUCAACAUCAUUAUUUGUUACAGUUGCUAAAUUUUUAUGUUUUACAGAAAAACUCUUUAGUUUAAAAAUUAUAGAAAUUUUUUUAAAAAUAUUUUAUUCCAUUACAAAAUCUUAUUCGCAUGUUAAUCAAAAUGAGUUAUUGCCCAAAAUCCUGGAUAUUAAGGAUAAGGAGAAAACAAUAUUGCAAAAUUGUUUGCAACUAUUUAUAUAUUACACUGAUGAUCACAACUCAUGUAAACAUUACAUAGAUUUACUUUGCAAACUUGAGCUAAUUCCUACCUUAAAUAUUUUGUCCACUGUUAAAGAUGUAAUUGAAAAUCAAAUAGGACCAUUGUUAAUUCACCUACUAUUUAACAUGAGCAUUUACAAGGAAGUGAUAAUUAAAUAUGGUGAACAUGAUUUAGUGAAAAAUUUGGGCAACUUCUUAAUUUCCGGUCAUCUCAUACACACGGACGAGUCCUUUCACAACAAUAUGCUCUCGUUGAUGCUGAACAUGUCCUUCGAUUGUAAAUUAAGAAUCGCUAUGCUUAAAUCAGGAUACAUCGAUAAAAUCAAUAAUAUAUUCAAAAACGAAAAAUUGAAUAAAAUUGUCAAAAUUUUGUACAAUUUUUCUCUGGAACAAAACUGCAUAACACGAUUCAAUGGCUCUAUCAUUAUUAAUCGACUAAUUAAUGCCCUGGUUAACCCGCGAAAAUCGACGACCCGAAAGCACAAAUUGGCAUUCGAAAAAAUUUUGCCCGCCUUGCUGAUCAACGUGACAACAAACCAAACCAAUUGCUUCGACAUUUUAUCGCCCCAGAACAAGGCGGCCGUUCUUUGCCUUCUAGAUUAUGCCAUACAAAAUCGCAACGCCUUACUGAUCAAAUUUUUUGGGAACUUAUCGAUGCACCAAUCACUUCGUUUAAACUUUCAGGAUCACCUAAAACCCUUAAUUAUUAGUGUUGUCGCAGCUGAUGUAGAGUCAUUCAAUAACACUUAUCAGAACGAAGUCAUAGCUUUGAUCAAUGCCCUAUUGGAAGAUUUGAAUUGCUUUAAUUCUUUGACUCGCGCCAUUGACAAAGAUGUGUCCCUGUUAAAUAAUCUGGUCACUUUUAUAAUCGCUAUAUUGGAAAAUGAUAGAAGUAAAAAUGACGACUUUUUGCUCCUAAACACCGUAGUCUUGUUGAACGUUUUGAUAUCUAAGGAUUUUUCCUUUGCCACCCUUUUCGUCCAACAAAGAAUCUUAAAUAUUUUAUCCGAUUUGAUGAAAUCGAAACAAGAGGAUGACGAGUUCGUGUGCCAAUUAGUGUACGCGUUUUAUCGUAUGAUGCAUUACGAUUACAUACAGAAAGAGAUUAUCAAUCAUGAAAGUGUGGUUCCUAUCAUUAUUGAUUUGAUGAACGAUAAGAAUCUAUUUAUCAAGCAAAUAUGUAAUUCUACGUUAAAUAUAAUAUCUGUGUUGGACCCAGAAAAUUGGGGACGCGUGAUUAAAGAAGAAUUUUUUAUAAGACAUAAUGCUUUUUGGUUGGAAAUGGUGAAUGAAACACCCAAUAUAAAUGGCGACUAAAGAAGAAGAUAAUUAAUGAUCAUUCUAUAAAUUUUAAUCAAUUCAGACUAGCCAAUGAUCAGAAUUAUAUUUAAUACAUGUAAAAGACGUUACAUUAUCUGCUUUUGUGUCAUUAAAAUAAUUUAUUCCAUUUUUUUAUAUUAGCAAUGAAAAGUAUCUGUGCAAUA